CCGGCCGGGAGGGAGGGAGGGGUGUGGAGCGGGACAGCCCUAGACACGGAGCCCCGCGGACGGAGCGGCUGGGACUGGGAUUGUUGACCCGCGGCCCCGGCCGGAGCCACAUACAAGGCAGAGGGGCGACGGACGAUGGGCUCCCGGCUGACGAGGGGCGGCGGGGCAGCGAGCCCGCGGGAGGAGCGCCCCAGGUCGGCCUCGGUGCAGGGCGUGGACCGGUGGCCGGGGGUCCGCGGCCGUGACUCGGCCUUGGCCGCCCUGCUGCUCCGGCCCGAGCGGCUGCUGUCCCCGAAGAGGGGGCCGGCCCCGUACGUGCGGAGAGUGAGCUGGAUCCGGGAAAUCCAGGCGCUGCUCCGGGAGCACCGAGCCGAGCAGGCGGUCGCGCUCCUCGGACUGCUCCGCAAGGACCUUGGUUUGGAGGGGACGUCUUUGAACGACAUGCUGUAUAAACACACAGCCUUCCUGAACCUGGUGGAUCCCAUUUCUCACGACCUGUUGAUGAGCCUGGCCCGGGACAUCCACUGCCCCAAGAAGGAACUGGAGUCACUGAAGUCUGCCGAGAAGCUUUGCCGACAGCUGAUCUACCACCUGACGCCGCACUCCAAGUGGCAGCGACAGAGCAUGUCCAGGCGCUCCCAGGCAUGCUUAAAAUCUGCGCUGCAGAAGAAAAUUGCCGACGACUCCUUGGAUCUGUCAGGAAUGCCGCUCCCGCCCAGGGAUGUGCAGCGCGUGGCGUACCACUUGCAGCUCCAGAGGGACCGCCUCACCUCCAUUGACCUGAGCUUCACCGAGAUGACGGAUGGUAACCUGCAGUUCCUGCUGCCCUUCCUGGCGGGCCUGCCCAGGCUCACCAACCUGGCUCUGAACGGAAACCGGCUGACCAAGCUCAUCCUCAAGGACAUGACGGAUAUGAUCAAGGAGCCCAACGUGUUCCCCGCGCUCUCCUGGGUGGAUCUGGGCAACAACACAGACAUCUGCUCCAUGCCCCAGCCGCUGCUGGUGGGGCUAAGGCGGCGCUGCAGUCUGCAGGGGGCCCUGCCCACCAUCCAGGAGCACACGGAGGGCCAGGUCGCCGAGCCCGAGGUGGAGCCGGGGGCCGCCCCACGCCGGGAGCAGGGGCCGGGGAUCAGCCAAUCACAGGAGGAGAAGCUAGGGGCCACUCAAUCCCAAGAGCAGGGGCCGGGGAUCACCCAAUCACAGGAGGAAGAGCCAGGAGGGGUCGCCCAAUCUGGAGAGGAGCCGAGGAUCAGCCAAUCCCAAGGGAAGGAGCCGGGGGUCAGCCAAUCCCAAGGGGCAGUGCCGGGCGAGGGUACUCAGUCCCGAGAGGAAGAUGACGACCACUGGCAGGUGCUACAGAGGGAAGCCGGAGCUCAGCAAUACUGUCAGAGGUGACUGGUGCUCGUUGUGGUCAGACAAGGCUCUGAGAAACAUGCUCGGUAACGAGGACACUGAAGCUCUGGAUCACCCUGGCCAACCAAGCUGCCAUUGCCUGUCCAAGCUCCCCUAUUUCCCCUUCCCCCCGCCCCCUCCCCCCCCCCCACACUGUUGGAGUGAAGCUCGUCUCAGCAAUGGGUCUCCUACGAGCAGGGUUAGGUCACUGACACGAAGCAGAAGAAAUUCCCUUAAUGGCCAAUUCCAUUGGCUCUCUUUAAAAAAAAAAAAGACAGAUAUUGACUUUGAUUAAAAGUCUUGCCUAGGUCUAAAAACAUCAGGGCCGUGAGCUGAGGGAGCAUCCACAGGAUAUGGGUAGGGCAGAAAUUUAAACAAGAAUCUGCUUCCCUCUGCACCUUACCCAGACACUCCCUGUAUGCGACUUUGGAAACUACAAGGAGGAGAUGCAAGGAUGACCCAGUGGGCUGGGCACUGUAGACCUGUUGUGUGGAUGGAGGGGAUGCACCCUUCCUCAUGGUGGAACCAUUAUGGCCAGCGGCCGUGAACAUCUCCUGCAUGUGUGUGCGUGCGUGCGUGUGUGUAAUAACAGCUGUGUUCACCCAGAUGUGUUCUCUGCUCCCACUCUGUCAUGCAACCGUGAUCUCUUCUUGCCCAAUGGGGAAGAGUCUAAUACCCGUAGCAGUGAUUCCUGCCUCCUGCACUCUGAGGUCGAGCUCAUCAGCCAGGCGUUACCAGCACCAUCCAAAAUCCAAUUUCCGUCUCCUUCACCUAGCAGAGCUGCGCCUUACCCUCAACUCCUUCGACUCUUCCCACUUCCUCCAGAACCAAGGCGUAGCUAUGGGCACUCGCAUGGGCCCUAGCUAUGCCUGCCUCUUUGUAGGGUACGCUGAACAAUCCCUGUUCCAAGCGUACACUGGCCCUAUCCCCGAACUCUAC